GCCAACGGCCGCCUCUCUCUCGCGUCUCUCUCUUCUCGCCUCUCUGAAACUACACACAAACAACAACAAAAAAAACGAAAUCCUUUCCCCUCUCGAAUUUGCUUUCUUCCCCGCUCGAUCUACUACCUAGAGAUCAUCCACGCCCGAGAACGAAAUCAUCUCAUUCUUCCUUCUUCUCUCCGAUCUCCAGACACAAGAAGGACUCGAACUCCCCAGAUUGACCAAAAAAAUGGCGAACUGGGUAAGAUUACGGCUUGCAUGUAGGAUUUCUUUUGGUUUUCUAUUUCAAAAACCGAACUCUGAUGUUUUUGGGUUUUGGAUUUAUGCGAGGGCAAGAGAGGGCGGCGAGCCUUGCCGCCGGCAAGAGACUCCACCGAAACCCUUCGGUUUCUUCUCUCGGAAAAGAGGGCGGCUUGGAACCGCCGGAGCAGGAGUCGACGCCGCCGGCGCAGGAGCAGCUGCCGUCGGCGGGAGCCAACCCCAGAACCUCUGAAACCCUUUCUGGGUUCUAGAUUAACAGAUUGUGGUGAUAUCCUUCAUAACUCGAGAUUUAUGUUUGUCUAUUUUCUAUUCAAUGGGGUCCUAAAUUGUUAGGAAUCAAUUUUCUAAUUUGCUGGGUGAAUGAGUGUUUAUGAUGAAACUUUGUAAAUAGUUUGUUUUACUUAGUUUUUGAGCUAUAAGUGAUUGAGAUAACCUAAUAUCACAGCUACU